AGUCGGACACGACUGAGCAACUGGACUAAACUGAACUGAACUGGGGAAGAACUUUGCAGACAUACGCAACAGCAAAAAGUCCUGAAAUGGGAAAAAGCUGUCCAAAAGCUGGAAGGAAGUGUGGUGUCUUGAGAAGAAGUUGGAGGGAUGAAAGGAGGCCACGUAUUGACCACUUCUUAGAUUGUAGUAAAAAUUAGUUAAGUGCAUCGGAAAGCCAUUGAAGGAUUUUAAGCAGACUUAUUGCAUUAUCAAAACUACAUUAAAAAAAAAAAAACUACUAGCUUUUAUACAGAAAAUGGAUUAUCUUUUAUAUUUUGAGAAGGAUUCAGAUGCAAGUGAUGACAAAAGAUGACAGGUGAGGUUGUGUCCCAACCUGUGAGUUAUAAAUUCCUCGCGUAAAUUAAAAUCACCUUAGAAAACUAACCAUGCCCUUUCCUUUUCAUUACCACCUUGUUCUCUCAAUUCAGCAUUUCAAAGCAUGUCCUCAGGAUGCUAGUUUUAGCUGGCCCAGUGGUAACAGGAGGUGCUUGCCUGAGAGUUCUUUCCCACGAAGGCGUCAAGCUUGCCCCGUUGCCUACCAGGUGGGUCUGGUCUCCAAAGUUUCGGCUUUUAAAUCAGUCUGAGGCCUACACCAGCCGAAGGAAAUGAAACGACACACCAAUAUCCCUCUCUUGCACAGUCUUUGAGACCAACUAAAAUUCCUUACACGAAGAUGACGACAACACGACAGCAGGUUCACAAAAUGUCAUCUGUCAAGGAGCAGCUUAUUGAGAAUCUAACUGAGGAAGAUGAAGUCUCCCAGAGUAAGGUCACCAUUGUUGGAACUGGUGCUGUAGGCAUGGCGUGUGCGAUUUGUAUCUUGCUGAAGGAUUUGGCUGAUGAGCUUGCCCUUGUUGAUGUUGUGGCAGACAAACUGAAGGGAGAAACAAUGGACCUUCAGCAUGGCAGUCUUUUCUUUAACACUCCAAAGAUUGUCUCUGGAAAAGUGGAUAUUUUGACAUAUGUUGUCUGGAAGUUAAGUGGUUUACCUGCAACUCGUGUAAUUGGAAGUGGUUGUAAUCUAGACUCUGCCCGUUUCCGUUACCUAAUUGGACAGAAGUUAGGUGUACAUCCCUCCAGCUGCCAUGGUUGGAUUAUUGGUGAACAUGGUGAUUCUAGUGUGCCUUUAUGGAGUGGAGUAAAUGUUGCUGGUGUUGCUCUGAAGAGUCUAGACCCUAAGUUAGGAAGUGAUUCAGACAAGGACUCUUGGAAAAAUAUCCAUAAGGAAGUUGUUGGAAGUGCCUAUGAGAUUAUCAAGCUGAAGGGGUAUACCUCUUGGGGUAUUGGACUGUCUGUGACAGAUCUGGUAAAAUCAAUUUUGAAAAAUCUUAGGAGAGUGCAUCCAGUAUCCACUAUGGUGAAGGGCUCAUAUGGAAUAAAAGAAGAAAUCUUUCUCAGUAUCCCUUGUGUCUUGGGACGAAAUGGUGUUUCAGAUGUUGUGAAAGUUAACUUGAAUUCUGAGGAGGAGGCCCUUUUAAAGAAGAGUGCAAGUACACUUUGGAACGUCCAAAAAGACCUGAAAUUUUAAAAGUUUUUAAUGUUCCGUGUUUUAGAGAACAGAAGAUAGUAGGCUGUAUAUUUUAUAUUUUGAAAGUAUUCUCACCUGAUCUGUAAAAAAUAAAAAGAACAUUGGACCUA